AUGGAGGAUUUGCGCCGACACGCGGAGUUGCCGGCAGAGGAGCAGCAGCGGAGGCAGCAGGAGCAAGGGGAGGAGGACAGGCGGAGAGGUGGGAGCAGGGCGGAGAGCAGCAGCCGAGUCGAGCAGGACAGGCGGCGGAGGCAGCAGACCCAGGCGGAGAUUUUGGCCAUCAUAUGCAACAGUUUCAGCCGGAUGGUCGACAAGGCGCAAGCGACGGUCCAGGCGGCGGUCAACAUCGAGGUCAGGUUCGAGAUGGCCCGCAAGGAGAGCAACACCAAGCCGGGGUACCCGUUCGAGGCGCGCAUGGGCGAGGACACCAAGCAGCGGUACAAGCAGGCAUGGCAGCGGGUCAUCGGAGCAUUGUGGGAUUUCAUCGAGGAAGCCCGGUUGGAAUGGGCAGAGGGUGAAGCAGCAGAAACAGUAGUCCCAGUGGAUGAGAAUGUCGAGAAUGAGAAUGAGGAAGAGGAGGUUGAAUUCGAGUUUGAAGAGGAGGGCGAGACCAGCAGAGAUGGGUUGGGGGAUAUCGUCAGUGAAGGAGGCAGUGAUGAGGGCAGUGAUGAGGGCAGUGAUGAGGGCAGUGAUGAGGGCAGUGAUGAGGGCAGUGAUGAGGAGGAGGACGAAAACGAGUUGAGUUUGUUGGAGCGCAAGUGUUUGGCGUUUUGCAUCAGUUUGUUGGACCACCAGACCGAGGAUGACAGCCACGCCAACGCGUUGAUCAGCGGAUUGGCCGUGUUAGGAAUUAGUGAGGAGGGGAAAGAGUGGCAGAGCCCAUUGGUGUACACGCCCAGGUUGUCGGCAGUCAUCAAGUUGGCGCGCAUCAUGGUGGUGCAGAGCGCGUGGCAGGCGGCCAGGGACAGCGGAGACGGCAGGAUUUGGCGGCGGGUGCGCGAGAUGGUCAACAGGUUCAUGGUUAGGGACGAGCCGACGCCGAUGAGUUGGAUGUACGACGCCAGGACGUACGGGAUGAAGAUCAGGUACACGACCACGGCGCCGGGCGCGGUGCGGUGGACGGGGCCAGGCGGCGAGACGUUGGUGUACCGGGACGUCGAGUUCAGCAUGGACGGUUUCCGGGCGUGGGUGCACGGGUUGGCGGGCGAUUGCCGGCAGCGGUUGGUGGAGGAGGUGAUGCAGGUGUCGGCCGGCCAGGAGCGGACGGGAGAGUUGCCAGCCAUCAGAUGGGACCAGUUGCGCGACAACCCGAGCGUGACGGAGCCCGGGUGGUUUUUCAUCAAGGACCCGCGGAAUCAGCAGCCGUUGGAGGACGAGGCGGAUGGCCAGUGGUGGUUGUACGAGCGGUUGGUUACAGGGCAGGAGCGAGGGCAGCAGCGGAGGUGGCAGUUCAUCGCCAACCCGCACGAGGACCCGGCACAGCACCCGGCCAGGUGGAACCGGCAAGCCAUCGACGCGUUUAGACGGACGGUCGGCCGGUUUAAGGAGCAGUUAGCCGUGUUGAUGCACAUCACAGGCGGCGGGCCGGCGCGGGUGCCCGAGUUGAUGAGCAUCCGGUAUUGCAACACGGCCAACGGCGGGCAGCGCAACGUGUUCGUCGAGGACGGGUUGAUGGUGUACGUGACGCGGUACCACAAGGGGCACGGCCGAGAUGGCAGUUUGAAGAUCAUCCACCGGUAUUUGCCACGGGAAGUAGGCGAGUUGUUGAUGUAUUACGUGUGGAUGGUCGUCCCGUUCGAGCGGUUGUUGGCGUACGCGGCGGAUGGGAGGGACAGGCCACCGGAAGAGCACGGAUUCGUUUGGAGCACGGAGGGACCGGCAGCAGCCAAGUGGACGGCCAGCCGGUUCCGCAACGCGUUGAAGCGGGAGAGCAAGAUGCGGAUGGGGGUAGAGAUCAACGUGGCCACGUACCGGCAGUGCGUCCAGGCGAUCGGAAACAAGUUCAUCAAGGGGGAUUGUUUUUUCGACGCGGAUGAAGCAGGGGAGGAUACGGAGGGCGGAGGAGGCGACGGCGACGCAGAGGGUCAAAGCCACACGUGGGACAUGCAGUUCGGACACAGCACGCGCAUGGCAGGCGCAGUGUACGGCCGGUUGAUGAUCGAGGCGGCCCAGGAGUUGAAGACGACGAUGGAGAGGUACAGGGCAGCCAGCGUCCGGUUCCACCAGUUCCAGCAGCACGCGUCCACGUUACAGCAAUUACGGCAAGGCGGUAAGAAGCGGUCAGCGGCGGCAAUCGCGGAGGACAUGGACGCAAAUUUCAGGCGUUGGAAGAAGGUAAAGACGGUGGACAGGCGGCAGAUGUUGCGGCAGUUGACAGGCCAGAAGGACGCCGAGUUCAGAGGGGUGCAGGAGCAGGCGGUAGAGGCGGUAGUAGAAGGCCGCAGCCCGUUGUUGGUGGUGAUGGGGACAGGCGCAGGCAAGAGCAUGGCAUUUAUGAUCCCGGCGUUGUGCACGGCCAGCGUGGGCGAGACGGGGACGACGGUGGUGGUGGUACCGUUGAAUUCGUUGCGGGAGAACAUGGUGGACAGAUGCCGCAAGGCAGGCAUUUCGGCAGUCGAGUGGGACAGGCAGCGGCCGAGCGAGGCGUCCAUCGUGUUCGUCACGCCAGAGUCGGCGGUCAGCAAGGCGUUCAGCGGGUUUUUAGACCGGUUGAAGAGCAGGCAGCGUUUGGACCGGAUCGUCAUCGACGAGUGCCACACGGUGUUGGACGGACGAGGCAGUUUCAGGCCGAAGUUGCAGGAGUUGGGCAAGUUGGUAGAGGCCAAGGCGCAGUUGGUCAUGUUGACGGCAACGUUGCCCCCGGCGGAGGAGGGGCGGUUGUUCGAGAUCAUGCGGGUGAAGAAAGAGGAGGUAACGAGGUUACGGGCAGCAACGGUGCGUAAAAACGUGCGGUACCGGGUGCAGCAGGCGGAGGGGAUAAAGAAGCAGGCGGAUUUGAUUGCGGCAGUCGUCCAGGAGGUACGGCGGUUGCAGGGUCGAUUCGGGAUUCGAGAAGCAGGCGAGGGCGAGGGUGAGGGUCAGGGCGAGGGUGAGGGCGAGGGUGAGGGCGAGGGUGAGGGUCAGGACGAGGGUGAGGGCGAGGGUGAGGGCGAGGGUGAGGGCGAGGGUGAGGGCGAGGGCGAGGGUGAGGGUCAGGGUGAGGGUGAGAGAAGCGGUAGGAUUGUGGUGUACAGCAACAGCACCAGACGAACGGAGCAGUUGGCGCAGGCAUUGGGAUGCAACGCAUACCAUGGGAAGCAGGCGGACAAGCAGCAAAAGUCGAGGAAUUUGGCGUAUUGGGCAUACGGUAAUUGCCGGUUGAUUGUGGCAACAAAUGCAUUGGGGUUGGGCAUCGAUGUGCCAGACAUUUUGGCAGUUGUUCACGCGGAGAGGCCAGCCAGUUUGGUUGAAUACGGGCAGGAGAGUGGCAGGGCAGGGCGCGGAGGACAGACCAGCGAGGCAGUGAUUGUGGACAGUGGUAAAAGGUGGACGAGAGCAGUGACGGAGAAUGACGCGGGCAAUGAGCAGGCAGGAAAGGAGAUGGACAAGUUCAUGAGCGGACAGCAUUGCAGGCGAGCAGUGUUGGACGGGUACAUGGAUGGUGACAGGGUUAGGGUGAGAUUCGGCAGCAGAGCAGGGAGGGGAGCAAGGAGGGCAGCAGGAGGAGCAGCAGGAGGAGCAGCAGCAGCCAUCGACAACAGAAAGAGCAAGGAGCACAGGCAGAAGCAAAGGCAGAAGCAAAGGUAG